AUGGAGGUGCCCGAGGGCUUUUCUGCUGCAACUCUUCAUGGAGGCAUUGAGCAGCAAACGCGGGACAAGCUGAUGCAGGGCUUCAGAGAGGGUGCAGCAGCAGCAGCAGCAGCAGCAGCAGCAGCAGCAGCAGCAGGGGGAGGAGGAGUGGUGCACUGCGGGUUGGCCCACGACAGCGAGGUGUAUAUACACCGCAGCGGCCGCACGGGGCGGGCCGGCCGCCAGGGGCUUUCGCUGCUGCUGCACUCGCCGCAGCAGCAGCAGCAAGUGAUGCUGGACUUGAUGGGUCUGGGGGGGGCCCCCGAACGGGGGGGGCCUCCCCAGAGAGUGGCAAUAGACUUGAGCAGCGUGAGCUACGUGGUGCUGGACGAGGCGGACGAAAUGCUGAAGUUGGGAUUUGCAGAAGCUGUUGACAUGUCUCUGGGGGCAGCGCGGCAACUGGACCAGGUGCAGCAGCAGCUGCUGCCUUUCUUUUUAGCUGCUGCUGAAGAUUUGCUGCAGCGGGCAAACAGAGAAGGAGUGCAGCAGCAAGAAGUGCUGGCGAGGGCUUUGGCCGUGGCUGCGGGCCUGAAGGUAAACCCUAAACCCUAA